AUGGAGAACUUUCUAUUCAUGAACGAAGUUGGGAAGGGAGGAUUUGGAUGCGUGUAUCGAGCGAUCGACAGAAGGAGCGGUGAAAUUGUUGCGAUCAAGAAACUGAGAAACCGUUUAAGUAGUUGGGAGGAUUGCUUGAAUCUCACGGAAGUGAAAUCGCUUCGACGAAUCAAACAUCCCAAUGUGGUGAAUCUGAAAGAAGUGAUCAUGGAAAACAAUGUCGUCUUUAUGGUAUUUGAAUACAUGCCCUGGGACUUCUACGAACUUUUGCGAGGAAGACAACGCAGCAAAGAUAGAUUAUCGGAGGCAGAAAUUCGUACGUGGUGUCUCCAGGUGUUUCAAGGAUUGGCUCAUGUUCACGGUCAAGGAUAUUUUCACCGUGAUCUUAAGCCUGAAAAUUUGUUGGUUAGUAAUUACAAUGUCAUGAAGAUUGCUGAUUUUGGUCUUUCCAAGGAAAUAGGAAAUUCAGAUAUACCUUUCACGGAUUAUGUUGGUACUCGUUGGUAUCGCGCGCCUGAGGUCUUGAUGGGAUCAUACGUGUACGGGUCUGAAGUUGACAUGUGGGCGAUGGGAGUUAUCAUGGCAGAAAUGUUCAUCUUGCGUCCUCUGUUUCCUGGCAUGAAUAAUCAACUUCACAAAAUUUGCAGCGUCAUAGGCAGUCCAACAAUGGAGACUUGGCCUAGUGGAAUAUAUCUCGCAAAGGCCCUGGCGAACUAUGAGUUUCCAGAGAUUCCUGCUGUGAAUUUCUCAAGCUUAAUUCCAUCUGCAAGUGAAGCUGCGAUUGAUUUGAUUUCGAAACUUUGUUCUUGGGAUCCUCUCAAGAGACCAUCUGCUGCUGAAGCUCUGCAACAUCCGUUCUUUCAUAACCACUUGCGUGUUAAGCCGAAGGAACGAGUGAAGAAGAUAGCUUUAAUUCAACCACCGCCAGGUUUCAUUACCAAGACUGCGAACGUAGGUUCAUUAUACCCGCCACCAGGCUUCGUCUCCGAAAUCAACAAAGCUGUGCAGUACUGCGAGCCGAAGAAAAAAUUGAUAAGUAAUGCGAAUUAUUCAUGUAUAACAGAAACUAAAACUUCCGGAUUCUAUCAGUUGAUAGAGAAUAUUCACAAUAACGCAGAUCUUCGAGUACUUCGUGGACUAUGGAAUGGGACCCAAGGUAGAAACUGUGGACAUGAACAAGGGGUUCCAUGGAAUGGGAGUGACGUACUUGCCUUCACUACUCGAUUAGUACCUCCUUGGGAUAAGUCUCGUUACCCUCCUUUUCCUCCGCAACUCCCCACUAUAACUCCCUUUUGA